AUGUCUAUUAUUGUUAAUUCAGAAGAUCCGAAUAAUAUAUCACAAUUAUUUGAUAUUGAAAAAGAUUGGCUUAUUGGUCGAACAAUUUUAUCAAAUAAUAAUUUUAAUCCAUUUAAUUAUAUUUUUGAUUACAGUGAAAAUAAUAAAGAUCUUGAUGAUCAUUCUCGAUUACAACAAGUUGAACAUAUACAUACAUUAAGUCAACAAGUAAUACAACGACCAAAUCGAACAUGUUUGUCAGAUAUUUACAACACAAAUAAUGUUCCGAUACGAAUUGGAAAUAGAACAUUAUAUAGUAUCAUACCAUCGCAAAAUACUCUAUUUGAAUUAGCUCAAAAUAAACCUGAUAAUAGUCGUUGGACUUUGACAUUUCAAGAAGAUGAAAUAUUUAGUGAUGUUGAUGGUGAUGAUGGUUUUCAAUCGGCUUCAUCAUCACUCUCCGAAGAUAAAUCAAAAUUAGCUUUAGUUCCUAUUGAUGAAACUGAUCAUUGGUUUCGUGCUUUAACACAAGCAGAAAAUAAAUAUUUUACAUGGGAACAACGUGGCAGUUACAUAUACGAUCGAAUGCCUCCAUAUUUAUUUGAUCUUCGUAAAGAUGAUCGACCAUUUCAACAUAUGUGUUUACUUCUUUUGUUUAAUAAACCAUCUUUAUCUUAUUCUAUUGCUGAUAUCAAUUAUCGUCCAAUAGCUGUUGAUGAAUUUCUACGUGAUCUUUGUUAUAUGCUUAUGGGAAUAUCAUCUCAAACAUUUGAAUGGAAUGAGAUUCAUCAAACAUUUGAACUUGAACCAGAUGUUUAUGUUCUUGGUUAUACACAAAUAACAAUUGAACAAUUUUCAUUAAAAUAUAUUCAAGCAGGAAAUAAUUUUUAUUUAAUUAAACAAUAUAUUAAUCAUGCAUCGAAAAAUUCUGAAACAGAAAAUGAAUUUUGUCAAGCUCUUCGAUGUUAUUUACGUUAUAUACAAAAAUCUAUUGCUAUAUAUGAUAUUUCAAAAUAUUCUUUAGUUAAAUUUGCUGCUCAAGUUGAUCCAAUACUGUGUAGUCUUGAUCUUCCAUUAUCUUUAAUAUCGACAAUAAAAGAACUUGAACAAACAAUUCAUACAUCAUCACCAAAUACAUCAAUAGCUUUUGUUAAACUUUCUUCUAUUCUUCAUACACUUCUUAAUCAUAAUUAUCAUAAUAUUGAUCAUAAUUAUUUUCUUUUACUUAUUCAUUUUGUUAUAUAUACUAUACGACCUAUAUUAGUAUUUCUUACUGAUCUUAUGAUACAUUCAAAUUAUCUUGAUCGUUAUAAUGAAUAUCCAAUAUUAUUUAAUUAUAAUCGUUUAAUUGGUUUAAAAACAAAUGAUUUUUGGACAAAAACAUUUACAAUACGUUAUUUACAUGCUAAUAAUCGUGAUACAAUAUUUCAUCAAAUUUUACCUAUUGAAUAUUUACAACAAAUUGUUAAUAUAACACGUUCAUUAAUGUUAAUUAAAUUAUGUGAUAAAAAUCAUCCAUUAUGUUCACUAACAACAAAUAUAAUACCACAAUUAAAUUUUAUUUAUAUUAAUUCAUUAGAUAAUAUUGAUCGAAAACAAAUAUAUAAAUAUCAAGAAGAAAUGAAUGAAAAAAUUUUCGAAUAUGAACAAGCACAAAAACAAAAACGUCUUGAAAUUGAACAAGCAAAAAUUCAAGAACGAAUGGAUAUGUAUGCUCGUCAAGAUCAACAAAGAGCUGAAAGAAAAAAACUUGCUGAUGAUGAAAAACAACGAUUACUAAAAGAAAAAAAGAUUUUACGUGAUCAUUGGCAAGAACAAAUUGAUAAAAAACAACAACAAUUAAAAGAAGAAAAACUUGCACAAACAAUUGCAGAUACUGAAUUCAAUAAAGUUACUUCAACAACAACAAUAAUUGGUACUCGUCUUGCUACACCUUAUGCGAAUCUUGUAGAAAAUGUUCGUGAUGAAAUUAUUUCUGAAUAUGAUGCUAAAAUGCGUGAUGCUAAUGAACGAGAAGAACAAUUUCGUAAUAGAAUUCAAUCAAACAUUACUACAGAUACUCCAACAGAAAUUCAAUCAUCAUUAUCUAGUACUUCUUCACCAAGUUUUCAUACACCAGCAAUUGAUCAAUCACCAAGUAUAGUUUCUAGUGUUGAUAAUCAGUCAAUCAUAGUUUCUCCUUCUCCAACAAUUAUUGAAAAACCUAAUAACAUAGAAACAUUGAAUCUAAUAUCAAAAGAAGAAGUACAAUUAGUAAGCAAGUCAAUUGAAAAACCUAUAAUUCGACAUACAGCAACUGAAGAAACAACUCAAGAUGAAUAUCGUCGAGUUGUUAAAUUUGUACCUAGUAAUGUAUUGAAAUCAACAAUUCAAAAUUAUAUGAUUGAUCAUAAUCCACUUGAUGAAAAUCAAGAAGAAGAAGAACUACCAGAAAAAAUCUACGAUUGGGAUGCUAUCAUUGCUAAUGGACCUCAAUUCAAAUAUGAUGAUUCAUUUGACUUUAAGGUUAACGAAAAGGACUCUCAAACGUUAAAAGAAAAUUUCGCUGAGUCUUGGUUUAAUUUUGAUAUGUCACCAUUACGUGUUUGGUUAGAACAUUCAAUAUCACCAUUAAUUCAUGUUCAAUCUCAAUUAGUAAAUUGUGCAUUACUUAAUUAUUUUUUUGAUGAAUUAAAAUUAUUAUAUCAUUUAAAUAAUCUUCGUUCAUAUUAUUUUCUUGCAACAGGUCGAUUUGGUCUUGCAUUUUGUUCUGAAUUAUCUCAAUUAUUAUUAACAAAUGAUGAUGCUCGAAUAAUAUAUCGAGUUAAUUCUAUGCGUCAAAUUUUAUAUACAUCAUUAGAUCAAGCAGGAGAAUUAGAUAAUUUAAUUGAUAUUCUUCAAUUAACAGCAAAAAUAAAUAUACCAAAUUCCAUAAGUCUUUUAGAUUCAACAUUACUUGAUUAUUUUGAUUUAAAUUAUACUAUUCAAUGGCCAUUAAAUAUUGUUAUAUCACAAGAUAUGUUAGAAAAAUAUAAGAUCAUAUUUCGUUUUCUUCUUCGAAUACUUAUUGUAAAACAAGUACUUAAUGAAAUAUGGAUUAUACUUAAAUCUUGUAAACAACAAAAUUCAACUUUAUCAAAAUUACAUCAAUACAGACAUCAAAUGCAACAUUUUAUGACUGUUCUGAUUAGUUAUAUAACAAAUCAAGUUAUACAAAUAGCUUGGACUGAAUUUAUGCAUAAAAUACAAAAAGCUAAGCAUAUUAAUGAAAUAGCUGCUGCUCAUAAUGAAUAUUUAGAUCGAACUAUGUUGAAUUGUCUGCUCACUCCAAAUGCAGCUCCAAUUCUCAAUGAAGUGAAUCGUGUUUUAACAUUAAUAAUACGUUUUCGUUGUCAACUAAAAACAUUUUCUUGGAUUCUUAAUGCAAAUUAUACAGAUCCAUCUGAUACAAGUGUACAAGCAUUACGUACAACAUUUGAAAAAUAUCAUAUUGCUGUACUUUCACUUUUUAAAGUUUUAUCGAAACUUGUUGAAAAAGGAUAUAAAACAUCAUUAUCUGAUUUACUUAUACGACUUAAUCAUAAUGGUUAUUAUGAUCAAAUAACUACAUUUUCCACUCGAUAA